AUGCCCAAUCCAACUGGGAAGAAUCAGUAUUACAAUGGCAAACGACCUCCAGACGAGGAACUGGAGAAGGCCCUACGCGGCUAUUCGAAAGAACUAUUGCCGCAGCCUCGACAAGUGGAGCGUCUUGCUGAGGACCUGAAAUAUCAUAUCAGUGUAGCGACACUAAAGAAGCACCUGAAAGCUUUCGAUAUCCCAUCUGCACGCAAACCCAUUCCACGUGCUGACGCUGUCGCGCAUGUGCAGGAAUUUGUUGCCACCGAUGUUCAUCGUCGCAACGGACCGGUUGAGAUUCGACACCGGAUCGCGCAAACAGGAAUUAUUAUACCUCGGGAUACUGUACGCGAUAUCAUGCAUGAGAUCGAUCCUGUCGGUUUUCACAUGCGCGCUCCGGGUGGUCAGAAGAAGAUUAAGCGUGGAAAGUUAGACUCUCCUGGAUUCAUGGCCCAGCUUCAUGUGGACGGCCACGAGAAGUUAUCAGCCCUCGCGCUGGCUAUGGGUGGUGUCGGACUGGAGAUAUACGGUAUGCGUGAGACAAAUGGCCCCUUCAUGCAGGCUGUCGUUGUACCCAAUGCUCGUUACAACGUCGCCGUGGCACACCUCUAUCUCGACCUUGUAGAGAAGCUUGGGCCUGAUGGUGGUAGCGAGACGGGUUUGCUUAGAAGUGUUCAUGUGGCAUUGCGGGAGACGUUUUCACCAGAGUUGCGGGAGAUCCCGUUCCAGCAACUCCCUAGCACUCGUAACAUCCCCAUUGAGAACAUGUGGUCUCGGUGGCUCAAAGCAGAUGGGGACAACGUGAAGACAGUCAUAUUACAAGGUAGAGGAAAUGGUUUGUUUCUUCAUGGUCAUCCGGUACAUACCAACUUGUUUCAGUGGCUGUGGUCGAAGGUUGUUCAAAAGGUAAUGAACGAGUUCCGUGAAGGGUGGAACCGUCACCGCAUUCGGAAGCAGAAGGGAAAGCUUGGGCCAUCGGGAUGCACUCCCAAUGACGUUAUUGCAACACCUACGAAGUACGGACUCGAGGACCAUCGUUCUCGCCAUGAUGCACUUCGGUUUGUCGAUGAUGAGUUUGAUGUCGCAGCCUGGGAGGUGUAUAGCGAGAUUGGAGAGCCGCCUCUUACGGUGCUUAAUGGAUGGGAGGUGUUUGGAAGAAUGGCUGCACGCCUAGAACGGUUUGAGUAA